CUGUGAGGGUGUGUGCAUUUAGGGCACUAUUUCACUAUCUGAAAUGAUACAGUAUGUUUCUGUUCAAUGGAGCCUACGUCAAAACUGGCAGAAACAAUAAGGAAUGGGAGUUUGACAGCAAUGUCAUGUUGAGUUAAUGUGAAUUUGUGUAACAUUAUAGUUAUAACUAUAGUCCUUGAAUGUUUCCUAAUAUUUAUCUUUUCCCUGGUCUUCCUCAGAUGAAGCUGCCGGUCUUGGUGGUCAUCUCACUGCUGCACUUGGGACAGUCCUGUGCCCAGGCUGCAGAGCCCCCUCCACACAGCCUCUGGGACAUACUGUAGUGAGGAAGAGCUCCCUGAGACGGAAGGGUAAAUUAAAAUACAUUUGUAUACUUCUCUAAUUUGAUAUACUCCUUUAAUUCAGUCAAUCCCUGCUUUUGACCUCUUAGAAAGGAAAACAGAAAACAUUCAAAAGGUCAUUCAAGGCAAGUUGUUUCAAUGCAACAAAAGUAGGUGCAUAUUGUGACACUGUUUUAUUCUGCCUUCUAGUGUCCCUCUUGAACCCAGUACUGGAAGUGGCUGAGCUGGAAUGGUUCUCUCCUCACUGUAGCUGUGGGCAUCUACAACAGCUACACCGAACGCACAGACUACAUCUGCAAAUAUAACUGUGAAGCCGGCUUCUUCACAAGGGCCCUUACUACCAAUACCCCUACAGUGACAGAGAGUACUACGUUCGAGAUUCUGACCAACAGGAACCACUUUGAAUAUGUGGAGUGAAAAGAGGACUCACACGGCGCGGUGCCCAGACUCAGUCAGAACGUGCUCCGGAAUGGGCAUCUAGGUGGAGAAGAACAAGUACGGCUUGGGGAGGUGGUCCCUCAGUUCGAGGCCUUCUUCCUGCCCUGGGAGGGUGAUGAGUACUGGUACAAGAGCUACCAGGUCCUGACCAUCAACAGAGACGCCUACAGCCAGCACAUCUCCCACGUCAAGUACGGCAUCGAUGAGGUGGAAAUAUUCCACUACCCUCCAAGACCAUGCGCAUUUCCGGCAACACCAACAACGAGUGCCAGAUGGUGGUGAAGACGGUGACCAUCUCCAAAACAUCAGAGGAUGAGAGUACCUGGAACAUCGGACAUACCACCAUGCUGGGCAUCACCACCGGCAUCACAGCCAAGAUCCCCCUGACUGGCUCCAGAGGGGUGGAGUUCAAUGGGGAGAAGACCCUACAGUUCAACAGGGGCACCACUAUGGUGGCGGCCCACAGCCACUCGGUGUCUGUGGAGCUCAAGGUGCCACCCAACCACUCCUGUACCAUGUACAUGGAAGGCCGCAAGAUCACCACAGACAUUCCCUUCACAGCCAGGCUGAGCCGUACAUAUGGCAACGGAGAGACCCAGUAUCUCUGGGGUGUACGAUGCGGUUCAGAUCGGAGAGAUCCGGGCCGUGGUGAACCGCUGUGAGCCUGUCGUAGACGCCAAGCCCUGUCCUUAAGACUAAUAUCAUCCAAACAAACUCUAAAUCUAAAUCUACAUACAUCUACACUCACACUGUAAGUAUACAGUCUGCUGUAUACUGUAUGUCACAAUCUAUAUUAUCAACUACUCCCUAGGUUAUACCAACACUGAUUAAUGUGACACAUGUAGCACAUUUUACACAAGUAUUGUACAGUUUGUGGUUCCUGGUCAGGUGUAAACAACGAAGCAAUGGCAAAACUGACUACUCUGAUUAUUGUGUUCAAUUCUUUUUUCACAAUUUAUGUCUAAGAAAUUAAAUGACAGAAAAUACAGAAUGUGCCUGUUUUGAAAUGUAUGCUCUCAAAAAAUAAAUGUGUACAUAUAUUGCACUUUCUAA